AUAAUAGUGUCGAUCUACGAAUCAAAAAAACGACGCACAUGUGCAACCGGGCAAAAAAAAAUGAAUCUCUACGCAGUUCGCUCAAGAACUUCGCAAUGUCUAGCAGGUUCACAACAAAUUAGAACAUUUUUUAAUACUUUAGAACGUAAAGGAAAAAACGCUAACAUUGAUACUUCUGAUACAAAAAAACUCAUUAAUGACUGGAAAAAAAAAGUAACGAGAGAUACCGAAAGUUUUACUGAUACUAUUACUGCUUCACCUCUUCAACUUUUUGCAAUUACCCUGAGAAGAAAUUAUAUAACGGAUGAUAUCCCCGCAACGCAAAUUCCUCCCGAAGGAACACGAGUUCCACCUAAUUACCAUUUAGCAUAUUUUCCUCCCAGAAUUUAUGAAAGAGAUUUAGGAAAAGACGGCUCAGAAACUACACAUGAGCCACCACUACAAUCUUUAAGAAGAAUGUGGGCAGGUGGAGAAUUAUCAUUUAGUGCAACUAAUCCAUUAUGUGUUGGCCAACAUGCCACAAUGAAUACAAAAUGUCGUGAAGUUGAAAUUAAGUCAAGUCCUAGAGGGGAGAAUAUAUUUGUAUGGAUAGAUAGAAAUAUUACUAAUGAAUUCGGAUGGAGUAUGAGAGACACAAGAUGUUUAGCAUAUAUAAAAAUUGAGGAAAAGAAACCGGAACAAAAAAUUAUUAAAUUAAAUAAGACACCGGAUUUUGAACAAACUGUAUUUCCAACUCCACUUUUAUUAUUUCGAUUUUCAGCUUUGACUUUUAAUAGUCACCGUAUUCACUAUGAUCACCCUUAUACAACUCAAGUUGAGAGAUAUCCUGCAUGUUUGGUCCACGGUCCCCUUACUCUUACGCUUCUUCUUGAUUUAAUGAGAGACAAUCUUCCAAAUAAAAUAUCGUACAUUAAAUCUUUUUCUUAUCGAGCUGUUAGUCCAUUAUUUGUAGGUGAAGAAUUUAAAAUAUGCGGAAAGAAAAGUGAGUCAGAUAAUCCGAGUGGUUCUUCCUAUGAAUUAUGGGCAGAGAAUAAACGUGGUGGGAUUGCCAUGAAAGGGAAUGCAAUCAUUGAAAACAUUUAAUGGACAUUUAAAAAAGUUAUCAUUUAAUUUUAUCACUAUAUGUAAUUUCAUUUAUUAGCUUAAUAUCGCAAAUAUAUUUUUUAUCUAUAUGAUGGGAUUAAUCUAACCAAUUAGAGUGCUGUAUAUAAUUCUGAUGUAAAUGUCAUUGUUUUUUACCCAUAGCUAUAAAGUUCAAUUAUCCACUCAAUUUGAAAAUAUUCUAUAUGAAACAUUAGUUUCAAAUCAGAUAAUUCAAUAAAUAAUUAUUGGUCAUCCUUUUACGAAACAAACUUCAAAUUGCGAAAUUUAAAUAUGAAAUUUCCUUUUUUAUAUCAUUUUCUAUAUU